GGCGGGAUGGGGGCGAGCGCGGCGGCCGCCUAAGGCGCCCGGGACCAGCAGCCGCGGCGUCCGCCUUCCCGGCCGGGCCUCGCCCAGCGCAGCCUCCGCCCCGGCGGCCGGGCCCCCGCGGAGGGCAAGAUGGAAGAGAUCCUGAGGAAGCUGCAGAAGGAGGCGUCGGGGAGCAAGUACAAAGCCAUCAAGGAGAGCAGCACCUGGGCCCUGGAAACCCUGGGUGGUGUGGAUACUAUUGUCAAGAUUCCGCCACACUUGCUGAGGGAGAAAUGCCUGCUGCCUCUCCAGUUGGCUUUGGAAUCCAAGAACGUGAAGCUGGCCCAACAUGCCUUGGCAGGGAUUCAGAAGCUUCUAGCAGAAGAGAGGUUUGUAUCCAUGGAAACCGACUCCGAUGAAAAGCAGCUGCUCAAUCAGAUCCUGAAUGCUGUGAAAGUGACGCCGUCCCUCAAUGAGGACCUGCAGGUGGAAGUGAUGAAGGUUUUACUGUGCAUCACCUACACCCCAACCUUUGACCUGAAUGGGAGUGCGGUGUUGAAGAUCGCAGAGGUGUGCAUUGAAACUUACAUUUGUAGCUGUCACCAGCGCAGCAUAAACACUGCUGUGCGGGCAACUCUCAGUCAAAUGCUGAGUGACUUGACUUUACAGUUACGACAAAGGCAGGAGAAUACGAUAAUCGAAAACCCGGACGUCCCUCAGGACUUCAGGAAUCAAGGGUUGACCGUGGAGGCUCUCUCCGACGACCUCGUCUCUGUGCUCACAGUCCUGUGUGAGAAGCUCCAAGCUGCCAUCAACCACAGCCAGCAGCUGCAGCUCCUGUACUUGGAGUGCAUCCUCUCCAUCCUCAGCAGCUCGUCCUCCUGCAUGCACCUGCACCGAGGCUUCACGGACCUGAUCUGGAAAAACCUUUGUCCCGCUCUCAUCGUCAUCCUGGGGAAUCCGGUCCACGACAAAACCAUCACCUCUGCCCACAGCAGCAGCACCAGCAGCAGCUUGGAGUCAGACUCGACCUCCCCCGGGGUGUCUGACCACGGCCGCGGCUCGGGCUGCUCGUCCACUGCACCCGCCCUGAGUGGGCCCGUGGCUCGGACCAUCUACUACAUCGCGGCAGAGCUGGUCCGGCUGGUGGGGUCGGUGGACUCCAUGAAGCCCGUGCUCCAGUCGCUCUAUCACCGCAUGCUGCUGUACCCCCCGCCCCAGCACCGGGUGGAGGCCAUCAAGAUCAUGAAGGAGCUGCUUGGAAGCCCUCAGCGUCUCUGUGACUUGGCAGGACCCAGUUCUACUGAACCAGAAUCCAGAAAAAGAUCUGUUUCAAAAAGGAAGUCUCAUCUGGAUCUCCUCAAACUCAUCAUGGACGGCAUGACCGAAGCGUGUGUCAAGGGGGGCAUCGAAGCGUGCUACGCCGCUGUGUCCUGCGUCUGCACCUUGCUGGGGGCCUUGGACGAGCUCAGCCAGGGCAAGGGUGUGAGCGAAGGGCAGGUGCAGCUGCUGCUGCUGCGGCUGGAGGAGCUCAAGGACGGGGCUGAGUCCAGCCGGGACUCGGUGGAGAUCAACGAGGCGGACUUCCGCUGGCAGCGGCGCGUGCUGUCGUCGGAACACACGCCCUGGGGAGCGGGCCACGAGCGGAGCCCCGACAUCAGCAUCAGUGUGACCACGGACACGGGCCAGACCACACUGGAGGGCGAGCUGGGUCAGACGACCCCCGAGGACCACGCCGAGCACCCCAAAAACAGCCUCAAGUCCCCGGCCCUGCAGGAGAGCAAGGAGGCACUAAGCAAAGGCUCGGAGCCCGAGGCGGUCGAUCAACCCGACGUGGUGCAGCGGAGCCACGUGGUGGCCUAUCCCGACAUCACCAACUUCCUGUCGGUGGACUGCAGGAUGAGGUCCUACGGGUCCCGCUACAGCGAGAGCAAUUUCAGCGUGGACGACCAAGACCUCUCGCGGACAGAGUUUGAUUCCUGCGACCAGUACUCCAUGGCCGCAGAGAAGGACUCCGGGAGGUCCGACGUGUCAGACAUCGGGUCAGACAACUGUUCCCUGGCCGACGAGGAGCAGACCCCGCGGGACUGCCUGGGCCACCGCUCCCUGCGGACAGCCGCCCUGUCUCUCAAGCUGCUGAAGAACCAGGAGGCCGACCAGCAUAGCGCCCGGCUCUUCGUGCAGGCGCUGGAAGGCCUCCUUCCUCGCCUGCUGGCCCUGCCCAGCGUGCAAGAGGUGGACGCAGCCCUCCAGAGCUUCGCCUCAACCUUCUGCUCAGGCAUGAUGCGCUCUCCAGGGUUCGAGGGCGGCAGCAGCCUGAGCCUGCAGAUGCUGAUGAACGCAGACAGCCUGUACACGGCCGCGCACUGCGCUCUGCUGCUCAACCUGAAGCUCUCGCACGCCGAUUACUACCGGAAGCGGCCCCCGCUGGCGCCGGGCAUGAUGAAGGAGUUCAUGAAGCAGGUACAGACCAGCGGGGUGCUGAUGGUCUUCUCCCAGGCCUGGAUCGAGGAGCUCUACCAUCAGGUGCUGGAACGGAACAUGCUGGGAGAAGCUGGCUACUGGGGCAGCCCCGAGGACAACAGCCUUCCCCUCAUCACCAUGCUGACCGACAUCGAUGGCUUAGAGAGCAGUGCAAUUGGAGGCCAGCUGAUGGCUUCAGCCUCCCCAGAGUCUCCCUUCACCCAAGGCAGGAGAAUUGAUGAGUCCACGGUGGCAGGUGUGGCGUUCGCUCGCUACAUUCUGGUUGGCUGCUGGAAGAACUUGAUCGAUACUUUAUCAACCCCGCUGACCGGUCGCAUGGCAGGAAGCUCCAAAGGGCUGGCCUUCAUUCUUGGGGCUGAAGGCAUCAAAGAGCAGAACCAAAAAGAACGCGAUGCCAUCUGCAUGAGCCUUGAUGGGCUUCGGAAAGCUGCACGGCUCAGCUGUGCGCUAGGCGUCGCAGCUAACUGUGCUUCGGCCCUGGCCCAGAUGGCAGCUGCCUCCUGCGUGCAGGAAGAAAAGGAGGAAAAGGAAGUCCAGGAACCCAGUGACACCAUAGCACAAGUGAAGCUGAAGGUGGAGCAGAAACUGGAGCAGAUCGGGAAGCAGCAGGGCGUGUGGCUGCACACCGCCCACGUCUUGUGCAUGGAUGCCAUCCUCAGUGUGGGCCUGGAGAUGGGCAGCCACAACCCGGACUGCUGGCCGCACGUAUUCAGGGUGUGUGAGUACGUGGGCACCUUGGAGCACACCCACUUCAGCGACGGCACCUCGCAGCCCCCUCUGACCAUCAGCCAGCCCCAGAAGGCCCCGGGAGGCACCGGGCUGCUCGGGGACCCUGAGUGUGAAGACUCAGCCCAGGAGCAGAGCCUGGAGCAGGAGAACUCACUGCACAUGGCGCCUGUGCUCCAGCCUCUGUCUAUCCAGGAGCUCGUCAGGGAAGGCAGCCGGGGCCGGGCCUCCGACUUCCGAGGGGGCAGCCUCAUGACGGGCAGCAGCGCCGCCAAGGCCGUGCUCACACUCUCCACGCAGGCUGACAGGCUCUUUGAAGAUGCUACGGAUAAGUUGAACCUUAUGGCGUUGGGAGGUUUCCUUUACCAGCUGAAGAAAGCCUCGCAGUCUCAGCUGUUCCACUCUGUCUCGGAUACAGUGGAUUACUCUCUGGCCAUGCCAGGAGAAGUAAAAUCCACCCAGGACCGCAAGAGUGCCCUCCACCUGUUCCGCCUGGGGGACGCCAUGCUGAGGGUCGUGCGGAGCAAGUCCCGGCCGCUGCUGCACGUGCUGCGCUGCUGGAGCCUGGUGGCCCCGCACCUGGUGGAGGCUGCCUGCCAUAAGGAAAGACAUGUGUCCCAGAAGGCCGUUUCCUUCAUCCAUGAUAUACUGACAGAGGUCCUCACCGACUGGAACGAGCCACCUCACUUCCACUUCAACGAGGCCCUCUUCCGACCCUUUGAGCGGAUCAUGCAACUGGAGUUGUGUGACGAGGAUGUCCAAGACCAGGUCGUCACCUCAAUUGGUGAGCUGGUUGAAGUGUGUUCCACUCAAAUCCAGUCGGGAUGGAGGCCCUUGUUUAGUGCGCUGGAGACAGUGCACAGUGGAAACAAGUCUGAGGUGAAGGAGUACCUGGUUGGCGAUUACUCCAUGGGAAAAAGCCAAGCUCCCGUGUUUGAUGUAUUUGAAGCUUUUCUCAAUACCGACAACAUCCAGGUGUUUGCAAAUGCAGCCACUAGUUACAUCAUGUGCCUUAUGAAGUUUGUCAAAGGACUGGGGGAGGUGGACUGUAAAGAGAUUGGAGACUGUGUCCCCGGACCAGGAAGCACCUCUCCGGACCUGUGCCUCCCUGCCCUGGAUUACCUCAGGCGCUGUUCCCAGUUACUGGCGAAGAUCUACAAGAUGCCCUUGAAGCCGAUCUUCCUCAGCGGGCGGCUGGCGAGCUUGCCUCGGCGGCUCCAGGAACAGUCUGUGAGCAGCGAGGACGGCAUUGAGUCGGUCCUGUCUGACUUUGAUGACGACACUGGCCUAAUCGAAGUCUGGAUCAUCCUGCUGGAACAGCUCACGGCAGCUGUCUCCAACUGUCCCCGUCAACACCAACCGCCUACCUUGGAUUUACUCUUUGAGCUGUUGAGAGAUGUUACUAAAACACCUGGCCCAGGGUUUGGUAUCUACGCAGUGGUUCAUCUUCUCCUGCCUGUGAUGUCCCUUUGGCUCCGUCGGAGUCACAAAGACCAUUCCUACUGGGACGUGGCCUCUGCUAACUUCAAGCAUGCCAUUGGUCUGUCCUGCGAGCUGGUGGUGGAGCACAUUCAGAGCUUCAUCCACUCAGACAUCAGGUACGAGAGCAUGAUCAACACCAUGCUGAAGGACCUCUUUGAGUUAUUGGUGGCUUGUGUGGCCAAGCCCACAGAAACCAUCUCCAGAGUGGGCUGCUCCUGCAUCAGGUAUGUCCUCGUGACAGCAGGCCCAGUGUUCACGGAGGAGAUGUGGAGACUCGCAUGCUGUGCCCUGCAGGAUGCCUUCACCGCCACGCUCAAGCCAGUGAAGGAUCUGCUGGGUUGCUUCCACAGCGGCACAGAGAGCUUCAGUGGGGAAGGCUGCCAGGUGAGGGUGGCCGCACCCUCUUCCUCCCCCAGUGCUGAGGCCGAGUACUGGCGCAUCCGAGCCAUGGCUCAACAGGUAUUUAUGUUGGACACCCAGUGUUCACCCAAGACUCCAAACAACUUCGAUCAUGCUCAGUCCUGUCAGCUCAUUAUUGAGCUUCCUCCUGACGAGAAGCCAAAUGGACACACCAAGAAAAGUGUGUCCUUCCGGGAAAUCGUGGUGAGCCUCCUCUCCCACCAAGUGCUCCUACAGAACCUCUAUGACAUCCUGCUGGAGGAGUUCGUCAAAGGCCCUUCCCCGGGCGAGGACAAGAGCCUGCCGGGGCCCGAGGCCAAGCUGGCCGGCUUCCUCCGGUACAUCUCCAUGCAGAACCUGGCCGUCAUCUUCGACCUGCUGCUGGACUCCUACCGCACGGCGCGCGAGUUCGACACCAGCCCGGGCCUCAAGUGCCUGCUGAAGAAGGUGUCGGGCAUCGGGGGCGCCGCCAACCUGUACCGCCAGUCGGCCAUGAGCUUCAACAUCUACUUCCACGCGCUGGUGUGCGCCGUGCUCACCAACCAGGAGACCAUCACGGCCGAGCAGGUGAAGAAGGUGCUCUUCGAGGACGAGGAGCGCAGCAGCGACUCGUCGCAGCCGUGCUCGUCGGAGGACGAGGACAUCUUCGAGGAGACGGCGCAGGUGAGCCCCCCGCGGGGCAAGGAGCAGCGGCAGUGGCGCGCGCGGCUGCCCUCGCUCAGCGUGCAGCCCGUGAGCAACGCCGACUGGGCCUGGCUGGUCAAGCGGCUGCACAAGCUGUGCAUGGAGCUGUGCAACCACUACAUCCAGAUGCACCUGGACCUCGAGAGCAGCCUGGACGACGCGCCCCUCUUCAAGAGCGACCCCUUCUUCAUCCUGCCCUCCUUCCAAUCCGAGUCGUCCACGCCCUCCACCGGGGGCUUCUCGGGCAAGGACACCCCGUCCGAGGACGACCGCAGCCAGCUGCGGGAGCACCUGGGCGACGCGCUGAGCCUGCGCGGGGACCUGCUGCUGCUGCCGCCCAGCCCCAAGGGGGGCGACAGGAAGGAGCCCGGGCGCAAGAAGGAGUGGUGGGAGAACGCGGGCAACAAGAUCUACACCAUGGCGGCCGACAAGACCAUCUCCAAGCUCAUGACCGAGUACAAGAAGAGGAAGCAGCAGCACAACCUGCCCGCCUUCCCCAAGGAAGGCAAGGGGGAGAAGAAGGGGGAGCCCCCGCUGGGCGGCCCGCGGGGACAGGACUCGCCGCUGCUGCAGCGGCCCCAGCACUUGAUGGACCAGGGCCAGAUGCGACACUCGUUCAGCGCUGGCCCCGAGCUGCUGCGCCAGGAGAAGAGGCCGCGCUCUGGCUCCACCGGCAGCUCCCUGAGCGUGUCGGUGAGAGACGCCGAGGCGCAGAUCCAGGCAUGGACCAACAUGGUGCUAACAGUUCUCAAUCAGAUUCAGAUCCUCCCAGAUCCUACCUUCAUGGCCCUGCAGCCAGCUGUGUUCCCAUGCAUCAGCCAGCUGACCUGUCAUGUGACUGAUAUCCGGGUUCGCCAGGCUGUGAGAGAAUGGCUGGGCCGCGUGGGCCGGGUCUACGACAUCAUUGUGUAAGAAGACUCCCACUGCUGGAAAUUAUGACCGGGAGGGUACAAGUAUACCUGCGGCCCAUCCUGAUCACAUUCUCUCCACCAUCGGUUCCACUCGAACCAGUGAUGCUCCAUCCACCUCUCCCUACCCAUUCAGCACGGGGGUCAUGCUGGGUACUGAGCUGAUGUCUCGAUGACACACACAACACUCUUAUCUUGCACAUUACUUGAGAAGAGCCCACAUUCCUAGACCCAUUUCCAGCCCUUUCAUUUCAUUUGCCUGGGCUUUUGCCUGAAGUUAGUAUCCCCAAAUGGGUCACUUCAGGAAUAUUCCUUUGAAGACAUUGAUCCAUGAUUGUUUUUUUUUUUUAAACAUUUUCCCCACAAAGAAUGCAGUCACUAAAGAAAUGUCUUCUAGUAAGUCAAGCUGAUAUACAAAUACUCUGACAUCUAGUCCCAGAUAGUAUUUAUUGGAGGCAAAUUUAUGUUAUGAUGAUGAGUUUGACAGGAAAGAAAUCUAACUGGGAAAAUCAAUUUUUGGGCAUCAAUCAGAAAAGGAAUGAGUUUCUCUGAAAUGUAUGGUGGAACAUUACAAAAUUGUUCCUAAAUUGUCAAGAUUUUCUGGUUGGUAUUCACCGACUUUCUUGUUUAAGGUACUGUUGUGCCUUUAUUUCCCUAUUUCCAAAGGAAGAAAAUGUUUUUGUGGCAAGGUUUUCAGUCUUUGGCGUGGCAGCUUUUGACACACAGUACCUGCUGAUAUUGGCUGAUACAGAUAUUGCCAAGAGGUGGCUGGUGGGCCGCUCUGGCCGCCCCAUUAGUCUUUGCUUUUGUUCCCAAGGCCAAAAAAAAGGAAAGGGAAAGAAAAAAUGGUGCCUUAGUCCCUUGAUACACAGACAGUUCUAUGCUCCACAGUUAUCUGAAUAUAGGUAUAACAUUUGCUUUUUUAAAAAAUGAAAUAUUAAGAUGCAACUCCUAUUACAUAGACACUUUUGGAAGAAAGGAACUCAGAGAUCACUUAGUGAGCAGAUUUCUCAGGGAAGUGGGGAGGGAGACACCUGGAAAGGGUGGGAAAGUAGUAUAAUAGAGUCAUUUCUAAUCAUUUUUCAAAUAUUAUACAGCAGUUAUUAAGCAAUGGUGUCAGUUUGAUGAGCUUUGGUCUCCAAAGAAAUACUAAAAGGGAAGAGAACAUAGAAUAAUAUAGGGACUUUUUUUAUCGAUUUGAAAUAUUUCUUCUCUCUAGCAAAGAUAUUUACCCUGCGUCUACAGUGUUUUUAUUCAUACCACUAUUUUGAGUGGACAUUUAUUUUCCUAACUAUUGUUAGAAAAUUAGUGUGAAACCUUUUAUUAUUUAUAGUAUUUCUUAAAUGAUGAUGCUUGAGAUUCCUCAAUCUGGCCCACCACAUACAUUCUAGAGAACAGACUUAUUUACUAUGAUUUACAUAAAAUUUUUCCAGGCCUUAGAGUAAAAUUCAUUAUCCUUUAAAAAGAAAUAUCACCCUUUCAGUAUUGAAUCGAGGGUUUAAUACUAACAGCUCUAUUCAGUGUUGGUAUAUGUACAUUUUCUCUUCAGAAAUACCUAGUUAUAAGACUCUUGAUAAAUGUAUAAUUAUAUCUUAUGAGACUAAGAUAAAAUUGUUCCUAACCAGGAAGUAGCAUUCUCUGACAGACAAUUUGAAAGCUAGAAUAUUGUCAUUCAGCAUCUAGUGAACUAGAGAUGACCACAGAAUCCAGAAGACUCUUUUAUAGUAACUUAAAAUGGUGUUUACCUUGAUCAUUUUUUUUACUCAUUAGACAAUAUUUCAAGUUUAGAAACGGCUUACUUAUUUGACAAACCUUCGGGAAAGCAAUGAGCUAUGUUUUCUACCUUGUAAAUGAAACUGAAUGUCAGCUAUAUAUUUUGACAAAAGCAGGCUCACUCGGCUUUGUUUCUUUUUUCUGAAAGUGGAUUCCUUGUCUGUGACUAUGUCACCAUGUACUGGAGUGGGGAACAGAAAGCAAAGUAUGGAAUUAGAGUCAUUACAAAACAUUACGUAUGCAUUGUACAUACAUGUAACAAUGUUUUUAUAAAGUAUAAAAAUGGGAUAGUCGUAAGUUAUGAAUGUCAUAUCCUGGGAAUUAAUUGCUUAGAAUUCUCCCAGGGAUGUUUUAUGAUAGGAUCCAAGAGUAGUUUCUGAAAAUAAACUCUGUCUCUAGUGCUAGCCUGAGUCCCAAUAUUAAAAAGAGAGAAUGAACACAGCUCUUAUCUACAAUUUUAUACAAGGUUUCCCUUCCCACCUUUGUUGUUUUUAUCAACCAGGAGCUAUAUAGUCCCUGGUGGCUCUUAGAGCUAUUUCAAAGAGACCAUGGUGAAAAUCGUGUAAAUGGUGAGCCUCAGCACAAGACUAGGGGGCCAAUCAGCAUGACAGG